UAAAGAAGUCCAGACGCUUUUCUUUGCAAACUCCUUUGACUACGAUGACCUGGAUGACUGAGAACCUUCACAGAUAUUAUGAUACGUACCAUCUCAAUAUAUUACCAACAAUGGGACUUUUUUUGCAUCUAGCACAACUAGGCAUCAGCAACUAUAGGAUCGGCUUGGUAUGACCUCUGAGUUUAAAGGGAGAUUGUCGCAUGAUGGCAAAUCCAACCAAGCUGUGCUUGUGAAAAGAAAAGAAAACUGAACAAAGCAAAAAAGAAGAAUCUGUUUAGUGGAAUAUGUCAUAUAAAUUAUCCACUUUUCUGUCUGGAAAAGAUGGGAAAAAAUUACCUUUAUAUACCACAAAUAUUUGUUAGAAAAUAAGACAGAAAAUUGCAUAAAUACAGCUUAAUUAUGGAACAGGUCUGAUUUUGAGUCUCUCAACCUUGUCUUUUAGUUUCUCUAGGUGAAUUUAGGUUCCUUACCUCAUUAUUAUUAAUAAAAAAGUGCCAGGCUGUUUUCAUUGGACUCUCACACCAAUUCAAACCAGCAACUUUAUUAGAACUAUAUAAGAAGUCCACUGAAAAAAAUCCCUUUUUGUUAUUUUCUUUUUAAUUUUCUUUACUGUAAUAUUUUUCUUCUUGCUAACAGAGAAAGUUUCUACCAACAAAGGAUGACUCGUCUGUUUGAACCAGAGUAGAAAAAAUGCUUUUUUCUGAAUACUUUUUUUUUUUUAAAUCAAGCUCAUGGUUACUUUGCUAUCCUUACUGUUAAGCCAACAAUGAAGGAUGUUUUAAGAAGUAAGCUAAAGUGAAUGUGCAGGUUUAGCAGGGUUUUAUUAGGACAGGGGUAAAUAAAGAUAUUGUUAUUACCCACAUUUUCCUAAACCUGCAAACCCGGUAAGUUCUGCUCCAACUCGCAACUUAAAUAUUUAGACUAAAGCAGAUAUCAAAUGCUUUUAUUUAAAUAUCUGAAACACUCUAUUGCUCAGUUCUUUUUCUAGACCCCACACACAAAUUUACUGAUCAGCCAGAGAAGUUUUCAGUGCAUUAGGAACAAGUCAUAUGCAUGUGAUGAAGAUUUUCCAAUUAGUUUUUAAUUUUAUUUUAUUUUGACAUUUACUUUUCAGUUCAAUUCAUUUAGGUUUAGCUUCAGUUAGUUUCCAGAGUGAGUGCUUGCUUCAGUUUAGUUUCUAAUUGUUUGAAAAUGUUUAGUUUAAGUUAGUUUAGUUUAAAAUCAGCACAGACAAUAAAAACACAGACAUUUUUGAAAACAGCUGAUUCAAAGUCUCAAUAAAUACAUACACCAAAGCCUCAUCAGGCAAGUUUUCAUAAAAUCGUUACAGAAUUAACAAAUAUUAAAACCAAGCAUAUUUACACAUUUUUUAAUUAGUUAGUUUUCCAAGUUCACAAAAUCAGUCCAGUUAGUUUUAACCUUUUUUAAACUUCUACUUUUGAGUUUUAUUUCAGUUAACUAAAAUCUUUUUUCACAUCUUUUUAGUUUUAGUUGUCGGUUUAGUUUUAGUUAACUAUAAUAACUUUGACAAGAAACUAGGAAAUAUCUGAGGAAAUUGGAAAGAAAGCAACUGGACUUUUGAAAAGGAACCUACAAAAACUUAAAGAAGACAAGCUGCUUUCUUUCCAAUUUCCUCAGAUAUUUCCUAGUUUCUUGGAGUUCUUGGUAGUGCACGUGCUGGCUCACUGGAUUGUUUACAGUUAUAAAGAAAAUGAUUCAUUGUGAAUUAAAUUAGUUACAGACAUGCUAUCCCUGCAAUGACGCAUCUGACUUACAAAAAGUGUGUUCUGUUGCAAUUUCUCGCUUUUUCGGUUUUAAGCUAUUGUUGUGUGGUACAUAAAAAGAAGUAUAGGUAUAUUUACAGGUAUAGAGAACACAAUUCAUUGUGAAUUAAAUUAGUUACAGACAUGCUAUCCCUGACUUACAAAAAGACGUUCUGCCAUGACCUGAGAACUUAACUGAGAACCCAAAAAGACAACCCAGAAAAUAGCUUGUCAACAUGUAAAAUAGCUAUCAAAAAAGAAAACAAACACUUAAGCAAUCAGAUAAAAUGGUCUAUUUACCUCGACGGUACCCUGUAAAGGUUUAAAAUCCAAGAUUUUAGUGGUUUUCCAGUCAUUGGCAGAUUCAAAGGUUUCAGUGUUCAAGGGUCUUCCACACAGUUUUACUUAACUCUCAUGCCGUCACUGGUUUUUAUUACUGAUCCCAUUUCUGAUCACGGCUAGUGAACUCUCAGUGAAGUGAAGCCCUGACUGAAGACAAAGUCUUAUAUUCCUGAUACUGGUAAAAUGAAAAGAAUGAACAGAAUGUACUCCCACACACGCAGAUGAGUCACAGUAACACCAAGACAACAUUCAAAAUUCAAAAUCAUACCGAUAUACCGUUAUUUGUUUCCAUUUAAGAGGUUUACUGCAUCAAAUUUUUUUCCAGCAGACAUUUUGCAACUCAUAACUGUUUAUCACAAAUAUUAGAACAAGAGCUGAUAAGGAUGACUCACUUAUACUAAACGAGAAGAGUUCAAAUAGCACUACAUACGUAUUUUCUUUUAAACAGCUGUACUGCAUGCACUCUGCACUGUGCCAGUCUGCCUACACAUUUUCCAGUACCUCAAAGUUAAGAUUGAAGUGUUACAUUAACAGCUGGCUUAUACUAACAUUAUUAAUGAUCAUCUUAGGGGGAAAAAAAAUAAGAACACAUGUGUCUGAGUCAGAGGGAUCUGUUUUCUUAUUGACAUUUAAUGUGAAAUUCCUUUUUAAUCAGUGCAUGUUAAGAAGUUGACCUGCAAGGGUCAGACUUAGGUUUAAGAUGUAUCAUGGGGGGGAUAGAGGAGGAGAACAGACCGAGGCAAGACUCAAGUUCAGGGCAGACUAUUUAAAUGUUGGAAACUUGCAAAGAAGCCAGUUAGAGGAGCACAUUUCAAGAAAUACAGAAUGCGUAACAUUCUGGCCCUUCUCUGCGUCUUUCUUAUGGCAGCUGAUCAGAGCACUAUUCUUCUCACAAAGGGAGAAUCCAUCAAAAACACCAUACACAACAUUGUAAACAUUGCUCAGAUAACCCUUGUCCACAUUAAGAAACUAAAGUUGCCGGCUACACCGACAGAGGUUCCCACUCCUUCCAUUGAUGGACUAAGUAGUAUAAGCCAUGAUCUUGGAGUUUUGGAUAAUGAACUGCAGCACCCUUUCCUCAUUCAGAUUCAGGCUGAUGUCUCCAGCUUGGAAGGAAGGGUGCGCUCCUUCGCCUUAUCAAUGGAGUGUCCCCUUAAGCCCAAACCAGCAGUACAGACGGAUGAGAGUGUGUUCCCAGACAGCCGCCUUUACAUGACAGUGGCUAAGGUGCAGCACUACCUAGAGAAACUUAUUCUCAACAAGGGCAAACUCAAGCUCUGCUAACAAAUUUAAGCUUGAUGCAUAUAUAGUAAGCCAGGACUUGCUAUAUAUCGGGACAAAUAACUCAGUGUAGGCAAAGGUUAAUUUGUCUUUGCAAUGCAUAUUUUCUAUAUAUAUAAUUACUACAUGGACAACUGUCACAGUCAUUAAAAGCAUGCAAAGCGGCAAAAAGAAUUAAGUUUGGUUUUUAUUAUAAAAUAUAGUUUUCAGCCAUCAUGGUUUUAUUUUAUUUUAUUUUAUUUUAUCACAUCAAGCUGACUACUAGGAUAAUAAUAUAUUUACAAAAAAAACCCCCAAACAAUCCUUUGCUUAAACUUUAAAGAAAAAAGUUUCUACUAAAUUUAAUUUAAAAAAAACAAAGAAACAAACAGAAAAACAAAAUUUAACCCUCUAAUUUUACUGCUAUUAAACCACACUAAGCAGAGUAUGCUACACGUUUUGAAAAUGUUAAAAACUCUGUACCUUAUAAUGGAAAUGUAACACAAGUCACCACAAAUCGAUGAUGAAUAAUCACAGUGCGAGUGUGUGUGUGUAAUGUGAAACACUAACAUAUAAAAGUAAACAGAGUUGAAAUUCAAGAACCUUGAUAAGGUUUUACAAGGUAAAUCAACAGUAAAUUCUUACAGAUCCACUCUUUUACAUUCUAGGGAGUCAGUUCUUCAUACUAUUUAGACAUGCAAUAAAAUAUUACUACAUACCUAAAAUGAUGGCUAAACACACAAGAGGCGGUGCUUGUAAGCACUUUACGGUAAGUCUGCUUUUUGUGUAUUCCAGCUGAGUUACAUGAGAUUCCAAAGAAAGUCUAAUGAUAACAUUAUAGGAUUAAGAUGUGUUUAACAUAGAUUUGUUGGUGUUCCUUUACAGUUAUCUACACUUGGCCUUCCUCUGAAAGACAAAUGAGUGCCAGAAAUAUCUGUGUGAUAUGGAGGUGUUUGAGAGCAGUUUGAAAGCCUGUUUAUUCUAUUAUUUUUUUAAUUUCCAUUGAUAACUUAGUAAAAUUCUCUGUUUUUUGAAUCAUACAUUAGCCUGUGCUAACAGAGUGUUUAAUUGUUAUUUCCUGGCAUGAGAGAAGCUACUGUAUUUAGAGAGGAAAUGCGGGGUUAUUUUUGUGUUAGAUAACAGUGGCAGGGAGGAAACCGUGGCUUACUACUAACAGCUGUACUGAAAUGAGGUAUAUACUGCUGUGGACCUGUUUUUUAGUGCUUAUAUUUAUUUUAGCAUUCUUAACUUUACAUUGGAGUUUCUCAGUUAUCUGGUCUAACGUGCCUUUGCUACACAACAACAGCAACAACUGUAAGCUACUAAGAUCAUACUACAAUAAGAGUGAAUAACAGUAUGACUAUUUAUCAGAGAACAUCUGGGAUGAUGUAGAACAUAGUUUUAUGAACAAUGCCAGGAAAUUACCAAGCACUUCUUGUUCACUUCUUGUGAGAGUGGUCCCAAUAUAUACAGUGGCUUGCAAAAGUAUUCGGCCCCCUUGAACUUUUCCACAUU